AUGCCGUACUUGGAGCUAGCCAGAUUUGGGUCAGUAGCAUUGAUCCGGUCCUCCGACUUGCGCUUUGAUUUAUUAUCUGCGCUAGUGGAGCGGUGGUGCUCGGAGACUCACAUUUUUCAUUUUCCGUGCGGGGAGUGUAUGGUGACCUUGGAGGAUGUUGCAUUGCAGCUUGAGCUCCCAAUUGACGGGAGUCCCGUAACGGGAGUAUCUUCAUUUACCGAUCUGGCUGCACUUUGUUAUCAGCUCCUAGGAGACUCGCUAGGGGACGGGGCAGUACUCAUGCCUGAUGCAAACGACGACAAUGUGCAUAUGAUGUACUUGCCCCUGUUAGCUGAUUUGUCCACUGCUAGGUCGUAUAGCAGAGGUUCCGCCGUUCUAGCAAUGUUGUACCGGGAGCUUUGUCGGGCGACAAACUCGGAUGUAACUGACAUGGGCGAAUGCCUCAUACUACUACAGUCCUGGGCGUUUAUCGGCUACCAUUUUUGGCAUCCGUUAGUCACCAACCGUAUCUGUAUCCACUGCCACUCAGGUGAUAAAAUAUAA